CCACAGCUGUGCAAGCACCGUACUCGGAUACCACGCACCGCACCCCCACAGUGACAACGGAAACAUGAAGGCCCUCUUGUCGCUCCUGACUCUAUUCAUUGUUAUCGCUGUUGUGGCGGCUGGCUACGGCUAUGGGCAUGGCUAUGGUGGGUACGGAGGAUAUGGAGGCUACGGCGGCUACGGUGGUCUUGGCGGCUACGGUGGCUACGGGGGAUAUGGUGGAUACGGAGGCUACGGCGGCUACGGUGGAUAUGGCGGCUACGGUGGCUACGGCGGCUACGGUCACGGCGGUUAUGGUGGAUACGGUGGCUACGGUGGUUACGGAGGCUAUGGUGGCUAUGGAGGUUAUGGCCACGGAUACUACGGAUAGAUAUCACUGAAGAGUGUAUUUAUUUACUGUAAAUAAAGGUAACUAACAAUGGCUGCAAUUCUC